UCAUAUUAUUUCUUCUUUCGCCUUUUGUUCCCGCAAAAAAGAACAAGCCCAGAUGUCAGAACAUACAAACCUCAAAAGCCUUGCCCCGCUAGGCAACCAACCCGAGCCCUCCGCUAAUUCGGCAGGAGUAGGCCCCUCGAAGCCAUUUACAGAGGCUCAGGUUGAGGAGUUUCGAGAACAAGAUCGUUGGCUGCCGAUUGCGAACGUGGCGCGAAUCAUGAAGUCUUCAUUACCAACUUCAGCCAAAGUGUCGAAGGAAGCCAAGGAAUGUGUCCAAGAAUGUGUGUCGGAAUUUAUCUCUUUUAUCACAUCAGAAGCGGCUGAAAAAUGUCUGAAUGAAAAGAGGAAGACGUUAAACGGGGAGGAUAUACUUACAUCCAUGCGCGCGUUGGGGUUCGACAAUUAUGAGGGUGUUUUGAGAGUGUACCUGGCGAAAUAUCGCGAUUCACAUCAUUCCAUACCAAAACGCAACGCGCAACACGAAGACGACGACGAGGAAGUUCAAGAUGGGCGAAAAAAGCGCGGACGGGGGAGGCAACCAGCUGGCGGCACCAUUUCGACCAACGGCCAUGCAGAGGGGACAAAGUCUAAACGAAAAAGAAGUGAUGACGGGAAAGGUGUACGAUAGGCCUGCAUAUUAUAGCUAUGAAUUGCACGGAAGUGCUUCACCAGUAAAAAAUAAACUAGACUGAAAAGUGAUAUAGAAGAGCCCAUCAUCAGCGCAUUGCCAAACAUAAACCUCGUAUGCUAUGAAUGCAUGCAC